AUGGGGAUAAAAAGAAGUAGUGUUCAAGGUUCUCGAGAAAGAGAUAUAAAAAUGGUUAAAUGCGAUGUCAAGAUACGAUUUUUCGAGGGCCUGCCGCAUGAGAUCGUGAUCAGAAUACUCAGCCUUAUCUCUAGAAGGGAUUUGAUUGCGCUUUCGAGCGCAAAUCACGGAUUGCGCCGGCUUUUUCUACCUUAUCUCUUUGCAUACACCAAAGUCUCUUGGGAUGAUCUAAUAUCUAACUGGAAUAAGCACCAGAAACCAUUCCCGAUAGGGGUAUCUCAACUUAUAGAGUCUUUGCGAUUGACUGGGUGCUGCUCGAAGAGCGAGUGGACAUUCCCUUUUGCAGAGCUAUAUUCAUCGCCAAGGCUUCCGAAUUUGAAAAGCCUUGCAAUGCCUACUUCCGGCUCCACCAACUUUUUCAAGUAUUCCUCGAAGGGAUCACAUUUGCGAAGACUAAAAAUCACAGCUACCAAGCCGGGAUCUGUCUUUAACCUUGAGCACCUCAGGCCGUUUGAACAGCUAAAGAAACUCAGCUUGCAGGACUACGAAAUCGAAUCCUUUGAUGAGGAUCCGAGUUGCUGCAGGCUUUUAGACUCUCUGGAGCUAAUCAAUUGCAGUUGGUGCUAUCCAUUCGAACUGGAAAAUUUCGGUCGCUGUAAGAUCCAGAAGAUCGAACUUUGCUAUUCCAACGCUUUCAUCAUCAGCGAAAGGUUCAAGAUGUUUCUCAGUAGUCCUAACUUCGAAAAUUUGAACCAUCUCAGCAUUACUAACCAUGCUUCAAACUUGAAGUUGACGUUAUCGGUGCAAGUUGUCAAACUCAUCGAAUCCAAUCCAACGUUGGUUACACUGAAGUUAAAUGGUAAUAUUUACGAUGAGACUCUGCAGCAGUUCACUGCUUCUGAUAUCGAUAAUUGUAUCAACCAUGUGGCACUGAACAACGUCAAAAUCUUCUAUUCCAGCUUUUUCAGAAAGCAUCAGGCUGUGUAA